AUGGCCCAUGCUCCUGUGGCCCUGGAGGAGGACAGCGGGGAGGCCACGACUCACGACCCACCUGUUGAUCUCAGCGCUGUGGAUCGCCUCCUCCUCAUCAAAGCUCUGGGAAGGGCCUGCGGGUCCCUGGGCUCCACGGAUGCCGAGCUCCGAAGGGACCUCGCGGCAGAGCUGAGCACCGAGGCCGUGGCUGCUCGGCUCAACAUCCAGCGCCUGGAUGAGUUGUUCACCAUCGAGCAGGCGCAUACCAUGCUUAGGGCUGGGCAGGGGUACCAGGACUACAUCCUGGCCCCCGAGCCGGGGGUGCGGGCGCUGCUGGCCGAGUGCUUCUCGACCUGGCAGCUCCCCGCGCAUGCGCUGGUGGGCGCGGUGCACGCCCUGCUGGCCCGCGCCAUGCUGGCGGCGGUGGCGGUCCGCGCCGCGCCGCGCAGCCCCGAGCUGGCGGAGGAGGCGGAGCGGGCGUGCCUGCGCUUCCUGGGCGCGCGCCGCGACGCCACCUCGGCGCACAUCAGCGCCACGCUGGCGGCCGAGGCGCAAUUCCCCUCCUCCCCGGCCUUCACGCGCCUGCGCGCGCAGCUGGCCGACGUGGCGGGCCUGGUGGCGCGGGCGCAGCGCGAGGCGGCGGCCAUCGGGAGGGCGGGCGAGGAUGCGACCCUGGCCGUGUCGGCGGCAGGGACGCCGCCGCCCGCCCCCGUCCCGCGCAAGCCCUCGGCGGUGCCGCUGCACAGCUACUACAUGGGCUGGCUGGAGAAGCGGUCGCGCCACGGGCGCUGGCAGCGGCGCUGGGUGGUGGUCAGCUCCGGGCUGGGCCGCAUGUGGUACAUGCACAAGCCUGGGUCAAACGCCACGCGCGGCGUGCUGGGCCUGCUGGGGGCCACGCUGGCGGGGGGCGAGUCUGUCCUUGCCGACACCGACAUCGCCUCGCCCACGGUGUUUGUGGUGCUGGCCGGCGGCCUAGCCGCGGGCAGCGAGCGUCCCCGCCUGGUGCUGCGUGCCGAGUCGCCAUCGGCGCGGAACAAGUGGGUGGAGGCGGUGUGGGCGGCCAUCGAGGGCCCGCACGGGGACGUGCCGGGAUUGAAGGACGCCGCCCUGGCCCUGCCCCGCACGCUGGCCCUCGAGUCCACGGAGGGGGCGGAGCUGGACGCUCCCGUCGGCACCGGCGUGGACCGCAAGAUCUCCACCCGAGUGUUUGACGAGGCCGAGCUGCGGGGGGGCGGGGCGCCGGCGGAAGAGGGUGCAGAGGCCCAGGCGCACAAGACUGAGGAAGGCGAGGGGCGGGGGGAGCCCGGCAGCCCUGGGCGGACGCUGAGUCAGCAGAGCCACGACGAGUGGGCGGCGUGCCCGGGGGCAGCACAGUCGGCCAUCGCGCCGGAGGAGCGAGCUGUGCUGCAGGCGGUGCUGCCCGUCGUGCGGACCUACGUGCACGAGACCUGCCUCCAGCUGGCCUCGCAAGUCAGCAAGGUGGUGUCCAGCGGGAUGCUGACGGGACUGGAGGAUGUGGAGGAUGUGCUGCUGCAACUGGUGGCUGGAGCCGACCCAUGA